UUCGUGGUGAGUAAAUCGAAUGAGUUCGAAGCGAUGAGACUGCGUUCAGGACUCCUGUGGUUGAUUACAUUCCGCUGACGUACAUUGGGCUUCGAUUGGUGUCCAAGUGACCACUCACUCGGUUUGAAGCACAUGAUGGAAUCAACGCCGUAUCUAAUUUCAUCAUUUUAUUGGAGUUAUUGUUGUUUGUACCUUCGCGACAUCCAUUUGUUUUGCUGGCUGUAGAUUCGCAAGCACAUUCUGACCCGGCUUGUGCAACAAAAUGCUCGAUAGCACCACCGUUGCAGAACAUGAAGGUGAAGUGUUUUGCAAACAGUGCCACGGGCGCAAAUUCGGACCUAAGGGUUAUGGCUUUGGAGGCGGAGCUGGCGCGUUGAACAUGGACAGCGGUACACAUUUGGGCAACGUGAGCACUGAGAUGAGCAACAAGCCAACGGCAGCAGCAGGUGGCGCCGUGGUUCCACCGGAACAAGGUGGUUGUCCGCGAUGUGGCAAGCGAGUGUACGACGCAGAAAAAGCGAUCGGAUGUCCUAGUGGACUAAGCUUCCACAAAGCCUGUUUCCGAUGCAAAACGUGUGGCAAAUCUUUGGACUCCACAACGUUGUGCACUCAAAAGGAUGAACAGGAGGUCUAUUGCAAAGCUUGCUACGGUAAAGCAUUUGGUCCCAAGGGAUUCGGUUUCGGACAAGGAGCGGGAGCGUUGAACAUGGGAUGAACGGAAUGAAAGAACCGCUUGUAGUCGAUAGUCCAAGAGAAAUUAUCCCGUUAUAAAAGCUUGUUCGGGUCAUCUGACCAUCCGCUUCUUCCCUUCCUUGUAAUCCUCCUGUUUUGUCUUGAUCCUCUCAGUGUAUAAGGCUAUUUAUUACCGCUUUGCAAACCGACAACAGAAUGCCAUGAAUUGAUGAACUCCAGAGUCGACUGCAUUUCGCCAGAGAACACAACACCUAUUUAUUCCUUCUCAUUUGCAUGUUGAUAAACGAAUACGCAGAUUUAUAAACUUGCCUCUGCA